AUGAAAGGAGAACUAAGCAUUCGUAAGGCAGUUCCAGGAAAAGGGUUGAAGAAAAAGAAACAGGGCAAUGACUAUUAUGUAGAAUGUCUCAACUUUGACCUUUCUAGGGUUGCCGAACUUGUGCAUCAUGCACUUGUUAGUUCAGAUAAUGACAGCUUAGUCACAAAAGAUUGUUCAGAUUGUAAGGGCUUGGUGGAAAAGGAACCGGCAUUCAUGGAUAAGUUUUUUGCCCAUCACUUACCAGCAACUAUGGUUAUUUUGUCUGUUCGAGAGGCAAAAACUAUGUUCAAAAGGGAUUUACUUAACCUGAUAGAAGGAAAACCUUUCUUUGAGAUCAAUUCUGUAAUCCGUAGAGAGCUGCCAGAGUCAGCUCUUGGCUGGCCUCUUCUUCAAAGAACCAAUCGUCCAGCUCUGGAAGCAUUGAGAAGUUCAGAAGUAAGGACUAUGUCACUGGUAGAAUGGAAUUCAAAAGAAAACAAUAGUUCUUCUGAUCUCAAAACAGAUGAUUGUAUAGUCAAGAAAUGCAAGACUGAAGGGACUGUAAUCCAAUUGUUUCAUGCCUCUGAAACUGAGUCAAGAGAUGGUAGCAGCAAUAGAGAACAUGAGAAUUUUGGCUUUAAACAGAAAGUUUCUUCAAAUUUUGAUUUUUUACAUACCAAAGAAUCCACACGAUCAGGGCCUGGCUGGCUUCUUUUCCGCAUAAAAACUUCUGCAUCUCCAGAAUCUCUGCAAGAAUCUCAGGCUGAUGGACUUUCAGUGGUUCAAUGGGUUUUGAGUCUACCCAAUCGAUCCAAAGAAGCAACUACAAAUAUUCAAAUUGAUGUUGUUUCCAAAGAAGCAGAGAGUUACGUUGAAAACAAUAUAUGUGGACACGAGGAUAAGCACAGUGAGGCUUGUUUAGCAGCAUCAAUGAAGCUGCCGAAGAAGCUGGGCUGUUUCUUUAAAUUGUGCUCAUCCGGCUGCAAGCAGUUCAGUUAUGAGGAGCUGAGGAGAGAAACUCAUCAUUUCUCCUCACAAGUGGCAGUGAAGAUCCUAAAACACUACAAGGAAGCUAGGAAUGACUUCUCCUUGGAAGUUGAUAUCAUGUCUUCGUUAAAGCACAAGCACAUUACGCCUCGAAUUGGCAUAUGCGUCGAGGAUGAUCAUUUAAUUCUGGUCUACGAUUUCUUGUCUAAGGGGAGCUUAGAGGAAAGGCUACAAGGUAAUAGCAGGAAGUCUGUAUUGCCAUGGAAAGUGAGGUUCAAAAUGGCUAUUGAGAUAGCCGAGACUCUAAAUCACCUGCACAAUGAACGUCCUCAGCCUGUUAUUCACAGAGAUAUUAAAUCUUCUAACAUUCUCCUAUCAAAUCAUUUUCAGCCACAGCUUAUGCAGCACAUAAUGAUGUUGUUGGAACUUUUUGGGUAUAUAGCUCCUGAAUAUUUCAUGUAUGGGAGGGUCAGUGACAAAAUUGACGUGUACUCUUAUGGCAUAGUUCGCCUUGAAUUGUUAACCGGAAAGAAACCAAUCAUUUCCACAGGUCUGAAAGAACAAGAGAACCUUGUUAAGUGGCCUGCAGGCAACGCCAUUAUUAGAGAGCGGGAAUCUAAAAGCUUUGCUGGACCCGAAGAUGGGCAGAGAGACUUCGACAUUGUUCAAAUGCAAAGAAUAGUUGUUGCAGCAACUCUCUGCGUCGGACAGACAGCUAGAGUACGUCCUAAACUUGAGCUAUUGAGAGGGGAGAAAGGUGAAAGAGACUGGGUGAAUAGCUAUGCUAAUGAUUUAAAAAAGUCAAGUGAUGAGGAAUUUGAUGACCUUUUCCUGGAAUUUGGCUGCAAACCAUGCGUGGGAGCCUUCAUUUCUGGAAUUAGAUGA